AUGCCUGAAUGUGACGGCUACCGCUAUCUUCUUCUAGCGCGAUGCACCUUCACAAGCUGGCUUGAGGCUCUACCUCGUCCAACCAUUAGCGGCGCCGUGAUCGCUGCCUUCAUUGAGUUUAACUUUCACAGCCGUUAUGGUUUUAUUCCCCACAUCACCACCGAUGGUGGCUCCGAAUUCAAGAACGACAUCAUGUCGGCUCUUACCACACAUCUCCACAUUACACACCGUACAACUGCAGCCUACCACCCCCAGUCAAAUGGAUUCAUUGAAAGCCAACAUAAAAGCUUUGUGCACGUCCUCCAACGUCUUCCAGGUCCCUGGUUCAACAACACAUCCAAUGCGUUGCUGGCGGAUCGCUGGACUGUUAAACGCAGCACUGGCUAUACUCCAGGUUACCUUGUUUUUGGUUACCAUGGUUUUUCAUCUCUCGAUUCCCUUCUUUACUCUUUCUCGACCUUCGAUUUCUUCACGACAGUAUCUUCUUAUUCUCUUCUAUACUAUCGUGCUCAACAGUUUUUAUUCAGAGAAGCUGCAAGCUCCCAGGCACUGGCUCAUCUUUCUAGACAUCGUCUUAAAAUGAAAGAAUACUACGAUCUAGUCCACCACACUACUGAUCAUUCCUUUGCUGUUGGCGACAUCGUUCUUGUCGAAGAUCAACUUCGCAAGCGCAACAUCGGUCGCUCCCGCAAAGCUAUUAGUAUUUGGUGUGGUCCCUAUCGUAUAUCCAAAGUUCUCAAGCAUAUAUAUCAGCUUGAAGAACUUUAUGGAACUCGUAUCCAUCGACAUUUUCCUCCUGAGUUCCUCAAAAUCUUUCAGAGCCGCCCUGGUUUCCCACCUAUUCUUCAUUCCGGAGGGGAGGAUUCUGUUGGCACUUCCAGCCUAUUUUAUCUAGACGAAUGA